CUGCAUAUUUCCACGCUGCAGCAGGAGGAGGAGGAGGAGGAGUGCAGCCCUUUUGUUACCUGUAGAGCACCUGGAUGAUGGAAGUUAGUAACGUGGACUGAGCUUGAGAUGUCUUCAGAUUGUUGAAAAUGUUUUAAACGCAGCGAAAUGCACGGGGUUGGUAGAGCACUGCAGGAAGCGCACCUAUAGUCGUGUUCUGGCUGCAGGGCGCAGGAAAUGGGAAUUGUUAAUUAGUGCUCUGUCGUGAAAGUAGGGACGAAUAGGAGGCACUUCCUCCAAGAACUCAUUCACCUUGCAAGUCCGACCCUCUCUCGAGUUUCACUUUGGAGUUCUCCGGCACCUCUCAGCUCCUCGCCCAGCAUCUCACCUGUGCCGCCGGACCAUGGAUUUCACACGGCCGAAGGUUUCUAAGGCGCUUCGGAUCGACGUCGCGGAAAACAGGCGGCGUACGUGCAUCUGGAAGGGUUAGAGGGAAGCUGCCAAUGUGAAGGGAAAACAGUGCGACCACUUCACGUUACGGUGCAUGGCCCCUGGACAAAGUGGCAACGAUCAUGCACAAGCCCCUCCGAAAGCGGAGCGUCUACGUGUUGCUGUGUUUUGGCAUCAUUUACCUCCGGCUCGGGGCCCUGUCCUCGGUGGUGGCUCUGGGGGCCAACAUCAUCUGCAACAAGAUUCCCGGGCUGGCACCUCGCCAGCGGGCCAUCUGCCAGAGCCGCCCGGACGCCAUCAUUGUUGUGGGUGAAGGCGCCCAGAUGGGCAUCAAUGAGUGUCAGUACCAGUUCCGAUACGGACGCUGGAACUGUUCGGCGCUGGGAGAAAGGACAGUCUUCGGUCAGGAGCUGCGAGUAGGCAGCCGGGAAGCAGCGUUCACCUAUGCCAUCACAGCGGCAGGGGUGGCCCACGCCAUCACUGCAGCCUGCAGCCAGGGCAACCUGAGCCAGUGCGGCUGCGACCGUGAGAAGCAGGGGUAUUACAACCAGGAGGAGGGCUGGAAGUGGGGAGGCUGCUCAGCCGACAUCAAGUACGGCAUCGAGUUCUCUCGCCGCUUCGUGGAUGCCCGCGAGAUUAAAAAGACCCCACGCCGCCUCAUGAACUUGCAUAACAAUGAGGCGGGGAGGAAGGUUCUAGAAGAAAGGAUGAAGCUAGAGUGCAAGUGCCACGGUGUCUCAGGAUCCUGCACCACCAAAACCUGUUGGACUACACUUCCAAAGUUCCGCGAGAUUGGCUACGUACUCAAGGACAAGUACAAUGAAGCUGUGCACGUGGAGGUAGUCCGGGCUAGCCGACUGCGACAGCCCACCCACCUCAAGGUGAAGCAGACUCAGGGCUACCGCAAGCCCAUGGAGACCGAUCUCGUCUACAUCGAGAGGUCGCCCAACUACUGCGAGGAGGAUGCGUCCACAGGGAGCGUGGGCACGCAGGGACGCCUGUGCAACCGCACUUCCCCACACACAGAUGGCUGCGACCUUAUGUGCUGCGGCCGGGGCUACAAUACACACCAGUACACCAAAGUGUGGCAGUGCAAUUGUAAGUUCCAAUGGUGCUGCUUCGUCAAGUGCAACACGUGCAGCGAGAGGACGGAGGUGUUUACCUGCAAAUAAGGACGUGAGGAACUCAGUGCCAGGAAUUGAGGCGCCAAGUACAAGCUGAAUGAGGAAGACCUGGUAGAGCGAGAUAAAAGUGUGACUGGGACCAGUGAGGGAUUUUGACAUAAAAGGAAUGGAGAGUUACACUAUCAGCUCUUCAUGGCAUCGUUUUGCACAGCAGAAUCUUAUCUAAUUGCUUUUUUUCAGAAAGUAAAUGCUAAAUAUCAGUAGGUAAUCCCCCAGAACUUUACUGUCACAUAGAGGUUAUGCUCACGUACUGAUGUAUCCGCAGUGAAGUUGGGACUACAGGUACUGAAUGAGGCCCUCGGUUGCACUCUAGGAAUUUGUAACUGUUCAUUUCUCAAGAGACUCGUGCACGGAGAGGAAACGCAGUACCCCGGGAGGAGAUCAAAAUGACAGCAGCUGACGAGGGGUGACUGAGAGAGCUUUGUCAAGUCUUGAUUGAAAACUUGUAAGGGUUUUUGUCUUUUUCUCACUCAAGGGGAGCAAAAGUGAAUCUUGACAUGAAUCGCCCCCUCCCCCAAACUGUUUGGGGCUAAUGUUAGAGGUUUGCAGAAAUGAAGAACAUUUUGUAAGUAUGGUGCGUUCAGGUGUACCAAAAUCUGAGAGGAGAACUCUGUUAGACCCUCUGCUGCCAACUGGAAUAUGGUGGAGUAUGUUAGUUUUCCAGUCACACUGGAACUGUCUGUUCUGAACACUGAAAAUAAAUUGUUUAUUUAUGUUAUAGUAUCUUAAAAACAAAGCACUAACGGGUAGAGAUGUCUUUUUUUGUACUAAGUGUAAAGAAAAAUACUUUUUAGAAACUCUGACUGAAGAUGUGUGUCUAUUAGAAAAUGCCCCCCCUCCCCCAUCCCUUAAGCACCCCAUCUUUUCUUAAAAAAAAAGAAAGAAAGAUAAAUUGGUUUCAUGGCUACUGGUGUAUUGACAAAAAUGUACAUCAUUACAGUGUGUUUCACAUUCAAUCACCUAGGUUCUAUUUUACUGUAGCAUAGAUUGUUUCCACUUCUUUUACUCCGAACAGUAACAUCUACUUGGACGCUUUUGCAAUUUCAGUUAAGAGACAGUAGCAAGAAAUCACAUUUAACGACAGAGAUUCUUCCUCAAUUCAUUAAACAUGAAACAUGAUAUGUUGCUGGAUGUGUUGUCGAGUGUUGCACUGAUAUUCAGAUACGACUCAUGAGAACUGAAUAAACUCCCAUUUGACUCA